ACACCACGUAAUCCACAAUGUAAGACCUGUGCGGCCUGCUUUAAGCUCUCACGUAUAAGUUAUACGAUCUCAGAUCUCUCAUCGAUCAGUCAAUUUCUAUCCCAGCCACAGCGGACUGCGAAAUGGACACACUUGACGGCUCGGAAUUUGAUGUCUUGAUCGCUGGGACGGGCAUACAGCAGUCCCUACUUGCACUUCACUAAUGAAGAGCCCUCUCGCGGUCGGACAAGAAAAUCCUUCAUAUAGAUCAUAAUGAUUACUAUGGAGGAACAGAGGCUUCAUUUAGUCUGCAAGAGGCCGAGAAUUGGGUCAUGAGAAUAGGAGAUCAUAGCUCUCAAACUUCCUCAUCGUUUAGAAAUGCUUCGAUUACAAGAGCAUCAAACACAGAGGAGAGUUCAUCAAAGCUCGCCCCUUCGCGAGCUUACAACCUGGCCCUCGCACCCCAGCUAAUUUAUACGGAUUCGAAGCUGCUUCCAUCCCUUGUAUCAUCAAAAACGUAUAGACAGCUUGAGUUUGUGGCCAUGGGAAGCUGGUUCGUAUACGACCAUGAUGAGUUUUCUAAUACGCCUGCCACGCUGUUGAAGAUCCCCACCACUAGAGAAGACCUCGUUUUCUCAGAUCAGAGCAUCGAUAUACGCUCAAAGCGUGCGAUCAUGAAAGUCUUGCGCUUUCUGAUGGACUAUGAAACCCAAGAAGACGUGUGGCAGCAGUAUGCACAGAAGCCCUUCACGGACUUUCUAAGCGAACAAUUCAAACUACCAGAACGGUUGCAUAGUCUCUUCUUAGCCCUUGUCUUGUCGCUCGAUGGACCACAGUACACCUCAACCGCAUACGCAUUGCCACGGAUAGCUAGGCAUCUAAGGUCAAUAGGUCAGCUUGGCCCGGGUUUCAGCUCCGUCAUACCAAAAUGGGGUGGUCUAUCGGAAAUCACGCAGGUUGCUUGCAGGGCUGGAGCGGUUGGCGGAGCCGUUUAUGUUUUGAACAAGGGUUUGAGAAACGCUGUCAAAGCCGAAUCAGAGACAGAAGGCGAAGACAAGCUCGAAGUGAAAUUAAGUGACGAUGAGCGGGUCAGAGUUUCCUGGCUCACAGGCACAAACGAACAUACAGCCUCUAUCUUAACCCUUGCCCCAGAUGAAGAGGUCGAGAUCACAUCUCGACGUUCCGUUUGUGUCAUUUCGUCGCCCCUCCCCUCCUUGUUUCCAACUUUAGAUGAAGGCGGUCCGCCGCCUGCGGGGGCUGUAAUAUUCUUUCCAUCUGGAAGUCUUUUUGACGAGUCUUCACCUGUAUAUUUGAUCAUUCAUUCCAGUGAAACGGGCGAAUGUCCACAAGGUCAAAGCGUUGCAUAUGGGUUUACCCGAGGCCCGUUUGAAAUUUUGGACAUGGCGAUGGACCAGCUGCUCGAUCUUACCGACGAAGGUGUGCGCCCCUCAGUUCUCUGGUGUCUAAAGUAUGAGACUCAGCAAUUUUCUUCUAAGCCUCAAAUUAAGGAUAUGGACAUACGAGACUGCACAAUGGUUUUUACCCCGCCUUCAUUAGAUCUAGUCUUCGAUGAGAAUGUUCUCAGCAGUGUUAAGCAUGCCUGGCAAAAGAUUAUGGGCUCUGAGGCAGACGAGCAACACUUUCUAACUUUCGAUGACAGAAAUCCUAUUGGAGAGGAAGAUGAUUAAUAACCAGCUCUUCCUGUUAUUUGAUGUCUCGAAUUAGAUUUGUAUCCGUGGCACUUCGUUUGAUCUUGAGUUCAAGACUUAGGAGUUCGGAUGAAAAUUUGGCCAUGUACGUGCCCUCAGAUGCUGCCAAAUGCCAUACACAUUGAACGAAUGUAAGAUCAUGCUUUUUGCGUGCAGGUUGCAGACUUGGCUACAUUCGGAGCAAAGCCGGACCGUUCAUGCCAUAUCCCAUCGGAUUCAUACAACCGUUUUCACGUAGCUUGUUCUAACACUAUACAAGAAUGGCAUAGGCGAGAGUAAUCGACUCAUGGUAUGAAGCGUAAGCGGAGACCUUCACGUCAACUUAGUAUAUAUUCAAUAGCUCGUACACGCCCUAGUUGCGUCUGACCAACCAAGGGUGUGUGGGAAAAAACUUGCCGUUGACAUGCGCGCCCUUAGUUCAGCUUACAUCCAAUCAUUGUCCCGCGUUGCUCACAAAGUCACCAAUAGAGCAGCAAGGGCACGGUGUCCACAGCCUUGUGACUUGAU